AAGGGGAUCAAACCGAAUUAUCAGGUUUAAACAUGAAAGCUCUUGUUUAUAAACAAAAACAGGCAACAUCAAAGUGUAAUAUGGUGGUAUUGCAUCUUGAUUAUCCAGACUAAACUAGAUUAAACUGGUCAUGCUGUUUAUUCCAGAGACUCUGUGAAGUCUUUAUCAUCAGUUUCUCUUGAAAAGAAAUAAUCAAGCUUCAAGCUACUUAAUGAUGGCGGACUUCGUUUUAUUGAGAGGUUAAUCCUAAACUGAUAGGAAUAUUUGAUACAAUAAUUACCUCCUCUUUUAAUUUCCCCAUUUUUUAUUUAGCUUUACAGUAAUGUCUGCCCCCUCUUUAGGCUCGAGUACCCAUUCGAGCUCUAUUCGAAUGUGUUAAAAUAAUUUACUCAUUAUUGGGUAUUUAUGGUCUCUCCGUUUCUGGGUUGAGACACUGUUACACUUGUUAGCAUUUUUCUGCAAACAAUAGAAGGUUUCAAUGAUCGAUUUCAUAUCUACAAAUAACAAAGUGAAAAUUGUAUCACCUAAGUGUGAAGCAGCAAAAUGGAUACCAAUUUGGUGUAAACGUAAGAGACCGCGCCUGGUUGAACGAAGUACUGGGUGAGAUGGCAGUACCACAUUCUAAUAAUAACGACCUAGAGAGCGUAAAUUCGGCUGAAGUGAAGGCUAAGACUGCUGCGGUCAAGGGAAUAACGUCGGUGCUCAGCGGUCUCGUUGAUUUAAUCAAAGAUGAGCAGAAACCACAUAUCUUAGACGCUAUCAAGAACGAACUGCAGCACAUAGCAGACGACGGCGAGUUACUGGACAGGGCCGAUGCAGUGGAUCCGACUACUUGUAGCAAAUUUGUUCGCGUGGAAGAUAAAGACCGUCGGAAUGCUGUGGCUCCAAUCUCCGCCCUUUUAAUGACCGCGUGUGCCGAUCAUUCAGAUCCUGGGUCGGUUUUAAACGAUAUGAUAGCUCCUUUGUGCUCUAUUUUGGCCGAAUUGGCGCAAAAUUCUCCUGAGUGCCAGCAGGCGGCACUCGAGUUAAUCCCCAAAUUAAUCACCGUUGUUAAAUCCGAGCGGGACACUGCUGCCAAAACUAAAGCUGUGUACGCUUUAUCUGCAAUUCUACGUAGCAAUCAAAGUUCGGCGGCUGCCUCUUACCUUCUACCAAAUCCUGACGACGGAGAAAUUGAAAACGAUGCGUCAAACGAAGGCGCAGUAGACGUUUUGGUUAAACUCAUUUGUGAACCGACCGAAGCGGAUCCUGUUCGAAUAAAAGCUGCAUUUCUUCUAAGUUGCUUAGCUGAACAGCGGCACGACGUGAGACAACUGCUUAGCCGUCGCUACGAAACAGAUAUGAAUCUAUUGCGAGAGAAAAACUCCAAUAUACAAGAACUGGUAGAUCAGAUUCUACAGCGAAUCUACACAGAGGAGCGUGAGGCAGGAAAAGCACCUCUACCAAUAGGAAUGUAGGCAUGAAUAAUAUGUGUAUACACGUGUUACCAACAUUCAAACCGUCGUCGUUAUUCAAAUUUAGAAUACAGGUCUUAUUGAAGUAUUAUACAAUGAAGCCUAUUAAGAUAUGACACGUGUUAGCUCACAUCUGAGUAUCGUAUGGUUUUCUUCGAGACAAUGAAAAUUGUUGCCAUGCGUACCAAUUAAUCGACUGUCGAUGUAUACAACCAUGUCACUUGAAAAAUGUUGGGAUGGUGCUGUGCUUCGGCCGAACAUAUUGGUUUCUCAUGAUUUCUAAUGAUAUAACGCAAAGUUUUACUUUGUACAGUUGAUAUGUAAUAUAAUUGUGAAUAAAAUCGCUGCGUCGUGGAGUAAAAAGCAAUGUGCCUUUAUUAGCCAC